AUGAAAAAUAAUACAUCUGAAAACGGGGACAAUGAAGAAAAGAAAUCCGCUGACAGCCUCGUUGCUGACGAUGGAUCAGCUGAAGUUGACCACAACAUUUCUGAAGAUGAUAUAAAAGAUGUAGUAGAAGAGAAUUCGAAGCUUCUUGAAAAACCUCUCACCGAUCAAGAACGUCAGUUGCUCUACGAUAAAGGAAUCAAGUAAGUUUUAGGGACGAGGAGGUUGAUACAGCACAAUUAUUUUAUGUUUGAAAGAGAUCAUGUACACCAGCCCUGACUUGAGAUUAUUCUUGUUGUAAAAAGACUUACUUAUGGUGGUAUGCAGUCAUGUCACUAUGCCCGCCAACUCUCACGCAUUAUGCGCGAGUCUCACGCUUGUGGACUAAUGACAUCGAUCUCACGCAUUAAGGACAAUUUCUCACACCUGACUCACAAAUUCAGACGAUUUGUUCUUUAACACGAUUGAUAACAAAAUUAAAUUUAAUAUUUUUGAAAAUAUUCCAAAAAGGCGCUCAAUUUUAUCACAACACACUUAAAUGUCGCCUUUGAAAUUGCUUCAGAAGUGCUCAUAGGUUGUCGGAGCAUCUGUGGACAUUUUCGGCAAUGUUCGGAAGUCUUCGGAAAAAUUGUCAGAAAUGUUUCUGAUAUUCCAAUAAUGACAAGGGGAAAACCUCACGCAUUUGACUCAGAAAAAGUUGGCAGGUAUAUGUCACAGUCAAAUGAAAAUUUAAUCUCAUUUAAGCGCAUGGUAUGUGGCCUUGUUGUUCUAACUAUAUUAAACUUCUCCAAUCUGAUUGGCUGUCGGUCUGGUAGCCCUGAUUUGAACGUUAAUAGGUAAGUUCAAUAUUUUUGUCUUUUGUAUCAUCCUUCAAGUACACAAACUUUUUUUUCUCUCUCUCUCUCUAUUUUUAUCUUUUGCAGAUUCAAGGUAAGAUGAUCAAAGAGAACAAGUGUUAAAUUGCAUGGGGAUGUUCCUGGACGUUUUGGAUGGGGCUGUACUGCUGAAACCCUGGAACCCUUAAGCCUAUCACCAGAGAAUGCUAAGGACAUUUUGCAACCCUAUACUAGACUAGGCACCAGACUAAUCAUUAUUAUUUUCCUUGAAUGAUACCCUAUAUUUCGUGACCCAGAUUUUCUGAUUUCUUUUCCAUAACCCAAAUAACAUUACCCUUCAUAGGGGCAGAGUAUAACCCAUAUACUCUCCACUCCUCCUUCCACCCCCUCCCCCCCACCAACACCACUAGAGUCUUGAGAUACUUCUUUUCAACCAUAGACUUAGUCAUCAUUCCUGAUUGUGUGUCAAUUCCAUGAUGGAAACCUGAGACCUCAGACAUGUAAUUCACUGAGCAAUCAUCACCUGAAAGAAAAAUUAAACUUUUUUGAUGUAGUUAUAAGCCGACAAAUUAUGUAAACAUUAAAAUGGGCCAAAAUGUAAACUACUGUUUUUAACAGUAUUAUAUGUUAACUCAGUAAAAGACUUCCUUAUCUCAUCUUAACUUGUCUCUAAUUUAGGCUUAACAAUUUAGAACAUGAUGUGGCCACACAGCUGACAUAUAUUAGUGAAGAUGAAACAUAAAAAUAUUAUUUUUCACUCCUUAACAGAAAAAAGGCAACACUCAGCAUGCUCUUUAUUGUCUUUUGGCCUGUGUGCGAGGUUUGAAAGAGGGAUCUGUAUUUCAACAGCUUCCAGAGUGUCUUCAUAAUGUGAGUAUGUUGAGGAAAUGGUAACCUUUCUUUGUUCCAUAUGUUGUGAGGAAGGGGACAUUGGGGGGUACCCAGUAGAAAAACUGAUACCGCAUUUAUGAUCGGUCAUGCUUACUUAAGUUGUAUUCAUCUGGCAUGUUUGUUUAUCUCAAGCAUGUAUGCGCCUGUAAUCAACCUCAGCCAUUGCGAGAAAAUGCGAGAAGACCUUUAAUUGAUUGGUACAACUAUCAAAAAGCCUGGUCAUUGGGUGCCUUACUAAUUUCAUUAUAGAAUAACUGUCAGAAAUUAUUUAAUCAUUUACCAGGAAGUCUAAAGUCGUAAAAAUAUCGACCUGCGUUCGGCAGAAGAGGGCAAAAGAAUACUACCACAAUAUCUUCAAAGAUCUUCUUUUUAAUACCUAAUACCGUUAGCCAAAAGGAUAAAAAAUCACAUACCAUAGGGCUAAAUGAUACCGCAAUACUACGCAUUAAAAUCAAAGUUACUGAAAUGUCGCUCAGGAAAAAAGCUCAAUACCACAAUACCUUAAACCCCCAUGUCCCUCUCUUUUUGUCGUGGUCUUUGGAAGGGGGGAUUAGGGUUAAAAUGGAAAAGUCAUCUUCAGUUAUUGACAUUAAUAUUAACAUUUCUUAUUUUUGUUGUUGUGAACAGAUAGCAGAAAUUUACAGCCAACUUGAAGACUGUAUCUUUUUAGUGUCACAAAAUUAAAAGUGUUUCAACUGAAAGUGAAUUUAGCUGAAAAUGUUGCAUAACUAAGUUAGAUAUAUCACAUGCUAUCAGAAGGCCUGUACAAGAUUUUAAGUCUUAAAGUAACCUACAAUUAGAUAUAAGCAUAUCAACAUAUUUACAAAAAUACUAAGCUGUUUAUGAUAUUGUGCGAUUUAAACGUCAUAUUGAUGUCAUGAAGAUGUUGUAUAUGUAUACCACUUGUUUUUUAUCUAAUUUUUCUUGUAACUUGUUAAAAAUUGUUAGUAAUUCCUCAACCUAAUUUUUAGAUGAAAAUGCUGUUUCAUUUGCUCAAGCAGAGAAGCUAUAUUAUGAAACAUCCCUCAUCAAUGUUAGCAGUGAAGUGCAGCAAGAACAGGAAGAGUCUGGUGGGUUCAGUGUGCAAAGAAAGUUGUGUCUGAUAGCCUGCGAGUAGUGGAUUUUCCUAUUGGGCUUUUUAAUUAUAUUCUUAACUUGUGCAAUACUAGGCAAAUGAAUUUUUUUGGGGGAAAUUCACAUUAGAGAAGCAGGCGUGGAUCCAUACCAGUUUGCACCGUUUUACAGAAAUCGGUCAGAUUUUUCAUAAUAUAAAUAUAUUUUUAGUAAAAAACUUUAAACUUUCCAAGUCGAAAUCUGGAUAAUGGUUUGGAUGGUCAGUAAAUAUCCUGUUUGAAUGACUCAGAAACCCAGGAAAGGGGACUUUGGGGGAGUUAAAAUCCAAAAAAUUUCCUUGGGGACCAUGCCCCCUAAACGCCCUAGAAGUAGGAAUUCAGUCAGUAUUUAUUCUAGAUCCAUGUGUGAGAAGAACUGUAAUCAAUCCUGCUCAUCAAAAAAAUUUUUGCGGGGUAAUUGAAAUGACUCUUGGGCUAAUAGGUGUUAGCUUCAGCUUGCCCGAAUGGUUGAGCUUUAAAACUGGCUUUCUUUGCACACUGGGGUUACAACUAUGAAAAACUCAUCACCUUUAGAAGACAUCACCUUUCUUACCCUUCGUCAGUUAUCAGCACAAGGGCAUGGUUUUGUUAUUUGUUUGUUCAUUUGUUUGUGCCAGGUUUUAAAGGUAGUACUGGUAGUGUUGUGCAAGAAAAGAGUACAGAAGACAAACUAACUCAGGUUAGAUUCGUUGCUUUUUUAAUGCUGUAGUGUACGAGUAAGUUUUUUUUAAAUUAUUAUUUCUUACAGUAUUUUGUGUGAAGUAAUUUUAGUACAAAUAUAUAAGGCAUAGUAUAUAUCUCGCCAGCUGGAUUUUUACCGCUACCGCCAAAUAGACCUCUUCUGUCAAACAUUCUCCAAAGUAGCCAUUGUAAAACUGAAGAGUCUAACCAUUGCUUUUUUUCUCUUCGUCUCCUUUCGUCCUCCUCGCUCUUUCUUUUUCUCCUUUCCAAAUGCCUUUCCUUUUCAUUUCCUGCUGUGAUUUUCGAGCUUAUCGGGUGCAAAAAACCUGCCUUUUGGCUCUUCGUCACUCAAAUGAAUUAGUUUUCAAAAAUUUGGCUAUAGAUAUAAGGUAUAGAAAAAGAAUAUAUAUGAAUAAGAUAUGCGAACGCGAGCCUUAUUCAAGCAGAAUACUCGCGAGUCUGUUGUAGCGUGCGAGUAAGUUCUUUCGGGGGUAUGGGGAGGCAAGGAGGGAGAAAGAGAUCCUUCCCCUCUUUCCCUUCCCACCCCUGGAGCCCCGGGGGAUCUUGCUUGCAGGCUAUCUGAUUCGACUCGCUGUGAAUUCUUUCUUUGCGGCCAGGGAGCUUCAGCAAAUCACGCUGUCGAUUGCCUCUUUACCUUUAAACUGUUUCGUCAAUUUAGCUCCUUUAGGAUUAUACUUUUGUCUUAUUUUUAGCCUGGUGCCAAAGACGAUCCACAGGGAAACUCAGCUGAAGCUCGUUCAGCAAACGAAUACGAGAAACUGGCGCACAUGUGUUUGAAGCAGAAAAAGUAAGUGAUUUGUUAUUUUAGAACUUCACGAUUACGUGACGAGAAAGAAGCUGAGAGUCAAGAAAGAACGUUAUUGGCUGAUAAGGGAACGAAAUGACUGCAAUCUUGGACAGAAAGUAUUGAGAAUUUUGCACUUUCUUACCCACAGAAUGCCCAUCCCGCGGAUUUGGUACCGUUAUGACCCCUCCCCUCGCCCCACCCUGGUCAAAAUUGUUUAGUCGGAAUCAGAAAUGAUGUAGCCGGACGUCAACAUUGUUUUUUUUUCGGCUGGAAGGGGGAGUAUUUGUAGUUGCCAGUUCUUUCAAAGCUUUAUCUUGAAACUGGACAUGGUAACGUCCAUUUUUAUCAACAUUUUAGUGCUCCCGUCCUUUUCUUCGCUCUCGAGCGUUUUCGAAGUUCUCUUAUCGCCUUAAAAAAAACCGAAAAUGGCUGGCUGCGAAACCGAUGAAAAUAGAAAAAUUGACAAAGGUAUUUCUCUUGAAUUACGUGCGGCGUAUGGCCAGAGAAGACAUGCGUGCAUACAGUCCUGUUAUGUGUUAUUUCUGAAAUUUUCUUGUCAUUUCUUUAUUCUCUUUGCAGUGCUCAACUUGCGCUGGAGUAUUGUGGUAAGGUAAGAAACUUCUCGGUUAUGUAAUCAGACAGUCGAACCGCUGUUCUCAACGGCCAGAACGAGAAUGCAUUCGCCACGGCCAACUCAGCGCAACAGAAACAACCAUAUUUUUUUGUAUGAAAUAAGUUUUUCUGUGGCUAAUUAACAUAAUUUAACACGUGAACUCGACGAUACGAUAAAACCUCAAUUUUAAUUUACUACUGGAACUUAUGGAAUGGUCUAAACCGCUUAAAUUGAUGUAGCGACUAGUUGUGACUUUGAAAAAAGGUAUUAUCUUUGUCGUUGUUCAUCUCGCCAACCACAGGUUUUAAGGUGGUCGGUAAACCACCCUCACCUUUGGUCUAAUAUCCCAUAAAAUCAAAGUUUUGUUACACUUUUAUGCUGCAUUACAUUUAUCUGAAAGUUCAGUUCUUUAGUGCCCCAUGCCUGCUUAGUAGGCGCUUGGAAGUGGUGGGCGAAAGAGAGAACGGGCGCACGCGAGGGAGACACGCGAGGGGUGAUGGUCUUCUCGCGCGCUUGUUUUUUCUUGUGCCCACUACUUCCAAGCGCCUGCUACGCAGGUUACCCAUAAAAAGCACACUGACUUGACGCGAUUGUCUGAAAAAUUCACCAGGCUGUUAAACUGCGGCAAUCAAUCUAUGGAGAAGCACAUCCAAUAACGAAACGAACAUUGGAUCUGUUUACUGUCAUCUAUGCGGAGAUGGGAAAGGAACAGUACUCGGGUAAGAGAAUGUGCGUUUUGCGAUUUGUUUUAGCCUGCGAGCAAGCUCUCUGGGGAGCUCUGGCGGCGGAGCGGGAAAAGGAAGGAGAGCUUGCGACUACGUCUCUGGAAUUUGAAUUCCACUUCCAAUUCUCUGUGGCUCCUCGUUAGCCUGCGUAGCUGGCGGUAUUGUGUAGUAGUCGAGUGAGAUUUGACGGCGGAGUCGUCACGCGCGGCAAAGCCGCGAGAAAUACCGCCUCGUCCCUACUCCUCUUUUUUAGGAACACGGCUCCGCCGCCAAAAAUUUAAUCUCGCACCCACACAACGCCGCCAGCUACGCAGGCUAGUUCCUCGUCGACUGAGCUGUCAGAUUUCCACCAACCAGCGUGAAGCGGAAACGAGCGCGAAUGUAAACAAACAUUGAAAAACACGUGCUAAGGGUAAUGACGUCAUUACUAAUGUCAUCUCCGCCAAUCAGUAUUUCGCAUCGACUCUUUUGAUGCAGCUAUUCAAAUUCCAGUAGCCUGAGUAUCAGGCGUUUCUGGGGAAAAGGGGAAAGAUGGAAGCGAAAAGGGGAGAGAGCUCCCCCCUCCCCCCUCCCCCAUCUAAAAUCUCCUCUCCCCUAGCCCCUUAGGAAGGCCUGAUACUCAGGCUAAAUUCCAGAGACGUAGUUGCAAGCUCUCCUUCCUUUUCCCUUCCCGCCGUCAGAGCGCCCCGGAGAGCUUGCUCGCAGGCUAGAUUUGCUUCUAUAUAUCAGUCGUAUAGUAGGCGCCGACAGAUCGUUUUUAUGUAGGAGUAUCAUAAAUCUUCUCAGGAAUACAUUAACGAAGAUUACGUCAUAGGGUCAUUGCCCCUAAGGACCCUGAAGUACAAAGAACGAAAAAGCAAAGAACUUUCAGUUGAAAUAUUAGAUCAAAUCUCGAUUUGCCUUUUCAGGGCGCGUACGGAACAAAUGUCCAAUAAUGACGUUUUAUAACUAAACGCUCGGCAAAAGUUGUUCGAACGAUGGAUAGCGCUAUCCACCGGAUAAAUCACUAUCACUAAGUCGUGAAUUGCGCUAUCUAGUGGGUAGAGAUUUAUCAAGUGGAUAGCCUUAUCCACCUUUUUAACCACUGGGGCCUGAAGGAAAUUAAUGGGUAAUGAUGACGUUGCGUUUUAAUAAGUCCCUAUAUAUAAUUUAUGCAAAAUUAUACGUACUCCUGUUGUCAGUUAUAAGCUAUCAUGACGUUUAGAUGUUGGCCCUUCUUUCUUUUUAUCAGUUUAAAGGGGACGUCAAAAAAUCCACACUGUUCACUCUGAUUGUUUUUUGUUUUUUACCUCUUCUUCUUCAAUGGUGACAUAUGCCACAAAAUAAUUUUAGAUUUUUGUUAUCUUUGAAGCUAAAAUCAAAUCAGGAAUUUCUAGCUAGUACUUGAUUAGUCACUGAUACAAGGUUAACGAUAACCUGCGAGCAAGCUCUCUAUCUGGGGACAUCGUGAGAUGUCACGCGCGAUAGGAGACGCGAGAUCAUCCCUCUGCCCCUUGCGGCUUCUCCACUCACUACUGAGCACGUUCUCGCGCGGCUCGCUUUGCGCGACACUCGAGAUAGAGAGCUUGCUCGUAGGCUAUAGUAACGGCAUCUCGAAUUCCUUUCAGCUGCUAUGCAGAAAUUUAAUGAAACCAAGGAAUCUAGCGAGGAAAAUGCUGCCAAAACUGCGCAACCUCCUCAACCCAAAAUAUCAACUGCGGAAAACUCUGAAGGAGAUGUAAAGUCGUCAGCGGAUUCAAGACAGAGCCCUGUUGGAGAGUCUCACCGGGAGGAACCCAGUGCGGCCACGCCCGAUGCACAGGACAACCAAGAAAACAGUACGUAGAGAAAUUACGUCCUGCUAAAGACACUUCAUACUCUGCACUCCUGCCAUCGUCAAGAGUGCAACUUCUUACCUUCCACUUACUUUCUAAACUUCCAUUUCGAAACCAACUCUUCUUUUAGCGUUUGUUUAAAAUUUUCUUCCUACUCGCAGGAGUUCGAGCCGCAUUUUACAAAGUUGUAGACAAAACGGGUCGUUAUACGUUUCUCGGAAACUGCCCACCCACCCCUCCCCUAAGCCAACAUUCAUACUUACUUCCCACUUAGGGCAAAAUUUUGGCUUAGGGGAGGGGUAGGUGGGCAGUUUCCAAGUCAGUUCCUACAGUAGGGAGAUUUAGUAACGACAGUGACAAAAGCGCGCACAGAUCAAAAUCUGGCUUGACCAAUGGCAGAGCGACAAAUAGAGCACCGGGAAGCGGGUUUAAUCCUUUCUGUGCUCUUUGGCGUUGUCAUUUGAUGUUGAGUUGUCUUUGAUAAAUCUGCCUACGUAAGUGUCGAAUGCGUCACACUUCAACUCCACAGUCUUGAAGGCUAGACUACCAACAACGCAUUGUACAACUGGUUUAAGGCAUGCUAAACAGUACCACAGGGAAACAGAAGCCAAUAGUUUUUUCCUGAGUACUUGAUAACAUUUGUACAUUGUAAUCUCCUCCAUAUCCCAAAAAAAACACAGAAGAAAGAACUCUAUUGAAGGACUCCAUGCCCUCUUUUCUUGCAGGUUACAGAAUUGGAAUCACUCCUAGUCAAGCUAUGUUUUGUUUUUUCCUUCUUACAACAGCAGUAGCAGUUUGUGUGACCUUACUUUGUUGUCACGUAAGUGGCACGGACCCCCUGACAACGUACAAGUACAUUGUGACGCGGCUCAAAUUUUAUUAUUACUAUUAUUUGAGACGGGCACCUUCGGGAAACAAAUACUUCUGAUAUAGGUCUUCCAUGGAGGUCUCCUGUCUCAACAACUGUAACUGAUCUGAAAAAAAAGAGAAGCAGUUAUAAGCUUGUCUAUGGUACGUGCUACCGCCGUGUUCAAAUACCUCUAUAAGUGAAAAGAUCCACCAGGAAAGAAUUAGCCAUUCCGAUAUUCCGUUAAUAGUUACAUAAUCUUUUUAUUUCUUGUUACCCACCAUUUUUACACUAAGCCUGCUCCCCCCCAGAAGAGCCACUGACAAACAUGUUGCAUUGUAGUAUUGUUCUUUUAUUAUGCGUUUUUAUAUAAAUCGCCUCUUGUAAAUAGAUGUCAAUCUUUUGGCAAAAUAUUUAACAAAUGUACUAAGUGGAAGAAUAUUCUAUUUAACGUAUCGCC